UAUAAAGAGUGAAGAAAUAUCAAAAGAGGAAGUAGAAAUGGAAGGAAUAGAAAAUACAGAAAAUAUGAAUAUAGCUUACAUUGAAAAGAAGAUACAACAAUAUGAAAUGAGCAAUGAUGAAGAAGCCAGCACAAACCUAAAUGUAGUCAUCAACCAAAUGCAAGAUCUCAGCAUAUCAACAUUAUUUUAUAAAGAACCAAUUGUAUCAGAUUCUCUAUAG